GGAUUUUAUUGGACAGUUGUACUAAUGCGCGGCUGUUCGCAUACUUGCUUCCCUAUGUAAAUUAAUCCUCCCAUUUGUUAAAUAUGUCUGCUUCUGCUGGGAAUUUGGCAUUGGUUUGGGAUGACCUAAAAAGUGGUUUCGACGCUAUAUUCAGGCUGGAGACAAUCAAAAGAAAAAGAUACAUGGAGCUUCAUACUCAUGUUUACAAUUACUGUACAUCAGUCGACCCGAAAUCUCAUGCAACCCCCAGUAGGAAUGCUAUAGAAACUGAACCUGGGGGGAAAUUAGUAGGUUUUGAACUGUACAAAAAGUUGCGCAAUUAUUUAAAGGCUCAUGUCCACUCCUUGAAGCUAAAAGGAAAUAAUCUAGUCGAUGAGGAAACUCUUUCAUAUUUCGAAAAGGCUUGGACAGAAUUCCGUUUUGCAUCCAGAGUUCUGGAUGGGGUUUGUAAUUACUUGAAUAGACAUUGGGUUAAACGAGAAUGUGAAGAGGGACGAAAGAAUGUUUAUGUCGUUUAUACACUUGCACUGAUAACAUGGCGCGAACAUUUACUAAAACCUCACGCUAGGGUUUUAAUCAGCGCAAUUCUUCGUGAGAUCGAACGUGAACGACGUGGAGAAAUUUUAUCUACCUUACGACUAAGAAAGAUUAUUGAGUGCCUGGUUGAGUUGGGUAUUACGUCUGACCAACAGUCUUUCUCAACAUCUACGUUAACUGGAACUGCUUCAUCACCUAGUGAACCCUUGCCAUAUCUAAUGAAACCUUUUAAAUCUCCUAAUUUUCCCCCUAAACCUAGUGGUUCUACUUUAAAACCAAAUAAGUCUGAAGUGGAAUCCAGCUUGCAGGGUACAUCAAAUAAAACCACCCCAAAUUUCCGAGGUCCACUUCAUUCCGGAGAUCCAGUGGAUGAAUCGACUCCCAAUACUCCUAGUGCGACAUCAUCAUUGACAUCGGACACGCGAACCAAUCUAUCAGUUUAUCAGGAAUACUUUGAACGACCAUUUUUGACUGAAACUGAACGGUAUUACCGAUUAGAAAGUGCUCAGUUUUUGCAGUCAAACACAGUACCCGAAUACCUUCAAAAAGUGGAAACACGAUUAAAUGAAGAACGUAUUCGUGUUCAAACUUAUCUACAUAUAAGUACACUUCCCAAAUUAAUUAGAUCUUGUGAACAUUAUCUAAUUGGUGAACAUAUAGAUCGGUUAACAUCUGUCUUCUCAGAUCUUUUCAAUGAAGAUAGAGAGGAAGAUAUAUGGAGAAUGUAUCGCUUAGUUGGUCAUUUUCCUAGUGGAAUACGUGUUCUGGUCUCUGUCAUGGAAGAUCAUGUUGCUGAUAAAGGAUGGGAAGCUAUCCGUCAAGUGGCUGAAGCUGCUUUAAAUGAUCCCAAAUUGUAUAUUGAUACAAUAUUAAAAGUUCAUCAAAAACAUUAUAAUCUUGUAUUAUCCGCCUUCGCUUGGGAUCCUGCAUUUUCACGUGCCUUAGAUAAAGGGUGUGAACGUUUUAUAAAUCGUAAUGCUGUCACUGAAUUAGCUGGAAAUCAAAGAAAAUCCCCUGAACUUUUAGCUAAAUAUGCAGAUUUCUUAUUAAAGAAAAGUGCAAAAGAUAUUCAAUUGGAUGAUUUAGAAGAAACACUUGGACAAGUAAUGAAUGUGUUCCGCUAUAUUGAAGAUAAAGAUGUCUUUCAAAAAUUCUAUAGUAAAACACUGGCUCGCCGUUUAGUUUAUAAUCAAUCUGUAUCCGAGGAUGCUGAAGCUUCUAUGAUUUCUAAAUUAAAAGAAGCUUGCGGUUUUGAAUACACCGCGAAAUUACAACGGAUGUUUCAAGAUGUUAAUGCUACUAGAGAAUUGAAUGCGAAAUUUUCAGAUUAUUUACAAAAACAAGAAGAAGCCAAUGGAAGCACAAUUAAAGGAACUGAUUUUAAUAUCAUGAUUCUUAGUUCAAACGCAUGGCCAUUUCAAGCUCAAGGACCUUUUUCUAUUCCUCCUGAAUUGGAACAAUGUCACAAUACAUUUCUUGCUUUUUAUCAAGAACAUCAUACUGGUCGUAAAUUGACAUGGUGUUAUCAUUUAUCACGUGGUGAAGUUGUGACUAACUAUACUAAAACUAGAUAUAUAUUUCAAGUUUCAACGUACCAGAUGUCUGUUUUAAUGUUGUAUAAUUCAUCAUUAGUGUACACGGUGUCAGCUAUUCAACUACAAACUGGUAUUGAAGAAGCUACAUUAUUACAAAUUCUACAGAUUUUACUUAAAGCUAAAGUAUUGAAAAUUGUAUCCGAUCCAAAAUGUGAAAUAGAUCAAUCAACUGUAAUCAGUGAUGAUUCGAACGAAUCAAAUUUAUCACCGGAUACACACUUGGCGCUAUAUACAGAUUAUAAAAAUAAACGCGUUCGAGUUUAUUUGAAUGUUCCUUUGAAAAGUGAAACGAAACAAGAAAUUGAACAGACUUUAGGGAAUGUAGAAUCUGAUCGAAAAUUAAUUGUUCAGGCUUGUAUAGUACGUAUUAUGAAGACUAGAAAAGUAAUGAAACACCAUCAAUUGAUCUCGGAAGUUGUUACACAAUUAACACCUCGAUUUAAACCCACUGUAUUAUUAAUUAAACGAUGUAUUACCGCUCUCAUUGAAAGAGAAUAUAUUAAGCGAGAUAACAAUGAACGAGAUGCUUAUGAAUAUUUGGCUUAAUUUUCCCUACUUGUAUGCUGUCGCUCAUGUGUGUAUGUGUGUUUGCAUUCUGUGGGCUUUCUAAUAAACCAGUUUUAUUUUCGUUCAUAAUUUGCAACGAUUGUUUCAUUCUAAUUUGUUACUUUUUCUCUUUACAACAAAUCCAGUAUGGAUUUGUUUGUAUUUUACAGCAUUCUGCACUUUGAAAAUAUCUCAGAUGUUCUUUUUUUAUUCAUUGUCACUGAUGACUAACUACCUUGUUUCAGUUUCCCUUUUCUAUUUUUUGAAUGUUCGCCUGAUAAGACGAACGUAUUUCGUCAAAUUACUAUGGUAAUAUUUCGGUAUGGUUACGCUUCUGAAAUGGAUGUGUUUCGCCAGCGUUCCAUACAUAUUUAAAGGAUCGAAAAAUGAUACACUGUUUUAUGCAAACAUUCACGUUAUCAUAUUUUUGCUAUUCUAGUUGCUUCCAGUUCCUCUUCACUCUUUCAUAUUGUACCUAUGUUAUUGUUUCAUUAUACAUAUGUUUAAACAUCCCCCUACCAUCCAUAAUGUUAUGAUGUGAUUCGAAAGUAAAAGUGGGCGAAACACUUCUGCCAUCCGAUUCUCUAAACGUAUUCGAGACAAUUCGGUAAGAAUACUUCACUCUGUUAAAUGCACCACCCCAACCAAUUUAUGGCAUUAUUAAUGUAUAUAACAAAAUGCAUUAUUGUAUGCCUAAGAAUGACAAUCACAUAGGUACUUCCAAUAUUGUUUUCUCGUAACAUAUUUGGCCUUUCAAUAAAUCUAUACAUAAAUACAACGAAAAAAUUCCAAGAAUAUAGUGGUCUAAUCAUGGAGGGAUAUGCUUCUGCAGAACACCUGAUGUGGUUUUGAAAUCAAAAAAACUGAAAUUUCUUUAAACAUUAAAACGCACGAGUCUUAUGAAGUAACUCUGCAUUUAUGUUUAAUUAUUUUAUCAUUCCUCAUGUGCAAUGUGUUCACUGCAUUCAUGGAUGUCAGCCGAAAAUUAUUUUUGUGAACGUUUGUUUAGCAUACUGGAUUUGAAUUGAGUGGUAUAUUGCUUCAUCAUGGAUUGUUGAAUGCUGUCAACCGUCUCUGUUAAUUUUUGGUCAGUUGAAAUCUUAGAAAUUAUGAACGUUCAGAUCAACACUUAAUAAUUCCAUCUGAUACUGAUCGUUAGUCGCAUAAAUACAACCCUGUAUAAUCCACUCGAUCUCAAUGGGAAUAACAGCUAUCAUCAGGAUUUAAACAAUAACGAAACAUGUAACCUAAAUACUCAUUGAUUGCUAUGAGUGGAUUGUACGACAUAUUUUACUUUAGAAAUCGAGAUCGAAACUCUAACUGUAAUUUACAUUCAUAUGUUGCCUUCUAUCAUAUCUGUCAAGAUAUUAUGUGAAAUAUCUCUGUUGUUGCUUAAAUCUAGUUGUUUUACGUGAUUCAUGUGUAACUAAUGAAUAUGCUUAGCUAUUAAGCCAGCGGUUAGAGAGUUUGUCUUGAUAACAUAAUAUACCUUUACACUUUAAAUGUGUUAUUAAACAGAGAUCAACCAAUCACCAUCAGAUGAUUCACACCAGUAACAGUUAAAUCAACCUGAAAUUUCGUUUUUAAUUGGAAGGGUAUUUGUAUUACAGUUGCUUGUAAAUCAUUCUAACCUAUUCAGUAGGACAAGUUCAAAUGUGUAUAAGCAGUAUUAACGUCCCAAAUUUUGAAAGGCCUCCUGGAAAUGCAACUAGAAAUACUUCGAUAAAUAGUGGCUGGCAGUGAAAUCCAGGACACGCGUCUCGUCCUAUUUCAGACCCUUCUCCAUAUUCGCACCUUGAACCGCGUUUUUUCGCUAAUUUUGAACUUUUGGAAAACUAGUCCAUAUCUAUUUGUUUCGGAAAAUGUUACACGUUGGCACGAAAUCACUUACUAUACCUUUUGGCGGAGUACCGAUCCACACGUUGCUGAGACGUGCACCACUGUGGCGAUAGCUCUUAUUGUUAGUGUACAUUUUCAGCACCGUAUGAUACCUAAUACUACAUCUCUGACGCUUACUGUUAGCCAUGUUUCUGAGAUGGCAAUGAAGUCAGUGCUGUCUGUGUUAACUGUUUCUAAGUUUUCCUAUUGUCUAUUAGAUUCCAAGUAUUUUCAGAACAAACUGUUUAUCCUGGGGUUAUAAGAAACGACUUUAUCCUUAGGUAUCGUGAAUUACUUCGAGCCUAUUAUUUGUCAGUCUAGAAAUUAGUGUGACAAUAAUAUGUUAGCGCACAAUGCAUUUUUGUUUUCUUAUGUAAAUCUUACGUACAAAUAUUCCAACCCUGCAUUCCCUUAAUGAACUGUCUGCCAGAAGCUAUCUAUACUUCCGAACGCUGAAUUACUUUCCACGUGAUUAGAAUUUUGAUCCCAACUGUCCCCUUCAUUGUUACAUAGUAAGUUUUGGUAUAACCCUCCGUGCGGGAGCUCAACGGUUCGAUUUGCUUGUAAUACAAUAAUUAUAAAGACAAUGAGUUCGGCGGAGUGUACAACACAGCUUUGUCUAAAACACUACAUUCAUACCAUAACUUUUAAAUGGUUAUCACUAAAGAAGGGUUAUGGAUAGUGUGUUUUCAGCAAUAAUAUUGGUCAAUUCUGCUUACGAUCUAGAAUGAAGCGACUAAUACAUCAUAUUGACUCUGCCUGACGGUGCGAAUGACCUUCAACUAAUCUACAAACAUUUGGUUUGUUUGAUUUUCUGUUUGGAAAUCACUCCUUACUUAAAAUAGGAAUCUUGCUCUAAGAUAAAUCAGUUAAUCUACGUUUUUUUUUGAAAAAAAAUAGCAUUAGGCACUACUGAAAAAUGGUUUUCGUAUAUCUAGACAAUAUAUAUAUCUCUUCAAUAUGAUUUUUGGUUGGGUCCAUCAAAAUUUGUUUCAUUGGUCCUGUAUAGUGUCUACGUAACGAACUAUAACUUGUCUAUGUAACUGUAUAUUCAAAUAGGGAUCCUUUUGAAUUUGUUUUCUUAAUAUGUUUCUGCUUGUAAAUUAGUUUUUGUCAUGUAAUUUAUUAAUUGAGAACUGAUUGGGAAUGCUUUAUUUUACCAUUUAGAUAGAGUCGUUUUUGAGGAACUUUUCGCUUAGAGACUUGUCGUUUUUGAUAUACUUCAGUAUCGUGUGUGGUGGACCAAAAAUAUAUCAAUUACAACAAUAAUGAUACAGUUAUUGGCUCAAAAAUUAAUGUGUUAAUAUAUCAAAUAUAAAUUAUACAGACAGAAUAAAUGCACAGGACGUUAUUUAAGUUAUCCAGUAACGGCGUGUUCGAAUUUCUUUUGGACUGGUAAUCCGCAGUUACAUGUAGUUGAUAAUUUCAUUUAUAAUGAAAAUAUCACUGUGAUAUGUAAUUGUAUAUUGCAAAUAUAUUAGAGUUCUGUCAUCAUAACAAUGGGUAAUUGGGAAGAAGGGACAUUUGUGUGCAGCGGUGUAUUUGUGGGCGAUAACCAGCGUGUCAUGUUAUGCGGGAUUAAAAAACGGAACGAGAGAGUCAGUGUCAUGUUUUUUAAACAAUUUUUCACAGACAUUAGUACCUUGACC